UACCCCGCUGUAAUAAUCCACCAACGCGCGGGUUCUGAAACCCUAGGCGCAGUACGCACCCGCGUCUUUCCCCUCGGCGUAUUGUAGCAGCUGAACUCCCUCGUCUCGUUCUCAGCUGCUGCAACUCUCGUUUUCUUUCACUUCGUUUCAACAAUUUUGAAAAUUCAUUCUAAGUCAGAGACAAUAAAAAAAAAAAGAGAAAGAAAUAGGAUUAUGGGAAGUAACUUCCAUUCACCGCCAGCGAAGCGCUCCAUAUCCGGAUUGCCCGACCCGAAUCCAUUUCCUCCAAACGGAGCUUUCAAGCGCGCAAAGCCGUCCAAAGCUCAACAACCAAUCGCCGUACCCUCUGGACACGUGGCAUUCCGUCUCCUAUGCAACGCCUCACGCAUCGGCGGUGUCAUCGGCAAGUCCGGAGCAGUCAUCAAGAAUCUCCAACAGUCCACCGGUGCCAAGAUCCGAAUCGAGGAUUCUCCAUCGGAGUCACCGGACCGAAUCAUCAUGGUUAUAGCCUCAAGUGCUCUCGACGGUAAAAUUAUGAUGAGAAGCCACGGCAGCGACGGGGAAGCCGUUGAGGUGUCGAAAGCGCAGGAAGCUUUGUUGAGAGUUUUCGAUAGGAUCCUUGAAGUUGCGGCGGAGACGGAAGGGAUUGAACUUGGGGAUAGGAUAGUGUCGUGCCGGCUGGUGGCGGAUUCGGUGCAAGCCGGGUCCGUCAUCGGAAAGGGAGGGAAUGUGGUGGAGAAGAUAAAAAGAGACACUGGGUGCAAAAUUAGGGUUUGCAGGGAUAAUUCCGAUGAAGUGAUCGAGAUAGAAGGAAAUGUGUCACCCGUAAAGAAGGCACUUGUUGCGGUCUCUCGCCGUCUUCAAGACUGUCAUCUUGCUGAUAGAGCAAAGACGAUGGGACGAAAUCCUCAUGAAGUGGUUCAUCAUGAAGCUUUAGUCGGAGUUCCUCGCGAGACUUUUACUUCAAUUGCACGUGAUACUUUUAUUGGAGCUCCACGUGAGACAUUAACUGAUCUGCAUGUGGAUCAUCUUCUGCAGAGGGGCUCUGCAUUGUCUACUUUACCUAGUAGCUCUAACAGCUAUGCCACUGGAGUUCAUUCAUUGUCGGCAGAAGUUAAUAGAGUCUCAUCCCUGGAACCAAAAGCACAUCAGCAAGAAAUCACCUUCAAAAUUCUUUGUUCCAAUGAUAAAGUUGGAGGUAUUAUUGGAAAGGGUGGUAACAUAGUUAGAGCUCUUCAAAGUGAGACAGGGGCUACUAUAAGUAUUGGCCCUUCAGUAGCUGAGUGUGAGGAUCGGUUAAUUACUGUUACCGCUUCAGAGAAUCUUGAGUCAAGAUAUUCCCCAGCACAAAAGGCUGUCGUGCUUGUUUUCUCCAGGUCUGUUGAGACUGGUAUUGAGAAAGGGAUAGACUCUGGAUUAAAGACAGGGUCAUCUGUGAUGGCACGACUUGUAAUCCCAUCAAACCAAGUUGGUUGUUUGUUAGGAAAAGGUGGAGUAAUAGUGUCCGAAAUGAGGAAGGCAACAGGGGCUAACAUAAGAAUAAUUGGGACUGAUCAAGUUCCAAAAUGUGCAUCAGAUAAUGAUCAAGUUGUACAGAUAACAGGAGAGUUUUCAAAUGUGCAAGAUGCAUUAUAUAAUGCAACUGGUAGACUGCGAGAUAAUCUUUUUGGCACACAGAAUAUUGCUGGAACAAGGAACCUUUCCUCUGUACAAGCUGAUACCAGUCCCUAUGAAAGACUAAGAGAUGUUCCUCUUGGAGGCCAAUCCUUUUUACGAGCUGAUACUAGUCCCUACGAAAGACUGAGAGAUGUUCCUCUUGGAGGCCAGUCCUUUUUACGCGCUGAUACCGGUCCCUAUGCAAGACUGAGAGAAGGUCCUCUUGGAGGCCAAUCCUCUUUGCAAGCUGAUACCAGUCCCUAUGUAAGACUGAGAGAAGGUCCUCUUGGAGGUCAAUCCUCUUUGCAAGCUGAUACCGGUCCCUAUGUAAGACUGAAAAAUGGUCCUCUUGGAGGCCAAUCCUCUUUGCAAGCUGAUACUGGUCCCUAUGUAAGAUUGAGAGAUGGUCCUCUUGGAGACCAAUCCUCUUUACAAGCUGAUACCAGUUCCUAUGGGAGACUGAGAGAUGGUCCUCUUGGAGGCCAAUCCUCUUUGCAAGCUGAUAUCAGUCCCUAUGUAAGAAUGAGAGAUGGUCCUCUUGGAGGUCAAUCCUCUUUACAAGCUGAUACCAGUUCCUAUGGGAGACUGAGAGAUGUUGUUCCUCUUGGAGGCCAAUCAGCUGCUGGCAUUUCUCAUAGUCUGAAUAGGCACACUUUUUCACAAGGCAUUGAUCAUCUUGCUUUUACUAGAAAUUACGACCGUCCUUCUUCCCCAGGCUUAUGGACACCACCGAGAGUUGCUGGGAUCAAUUCAAGAAGCAUUAAUGAAGCUAGUUGGGAAUCAGCAUCUCGAAAAGGCGGCCUAGAACUUGUCAGUGGAAGUAAAUCUGCUAUUGUGACUAAUACAUCUGUAGAAAUUGUGGUUCCUGAGGAUACUCUAGACCUUGUGUAUGGGGAAAAUGGUAGCAAUCUGGCUCGGCUGAGACAGAUUUCAGGUGCUAAGGUUGUUAUCUACCAACCUCGUCCUGGAACAAGUGACAGGACUAUUGUCAUAUCCGGUUCACCUGAUGAAACCCAAGCAGCGCAGAGCCUUCUUCAAGCAUUUAUUCUUAAUGGAUCAUCAUGACAUAUCCCCUCAUAGAUUUUUAAGUAGAUCAUAUGUAACCUGUUGACUUUAUUAAUUUUGAUCUUUUCCUUUUUAUCCCCGCCUGAAAUCAUGUAAAAUCCAACCUUCCUGUAAUCUUGGCUUAAUUUAUGGAUCUGCGUCUCUCCACCGAACAUUAGUGUAGACAUCAAUUGCUUGAUUCUUAGAGCAUACCUUGGUAACAGUAAGCCUACCAGUAAGAUUUUGUGUUUUCCCGGCUCCUUUUUUAAUAGAUUUUGUGGUUAGCAUGUCAUGUUUCAACUACUAAUCAUUUUUUAGUGCGGGUGAUAUAAAAGCAGCCCCCGUGAAUAUUCUUCAUUUUAUUGUCCAUAAUGAACAUAUGUGAAAUCCCUUGAGAUACUUGUAAUUAUUUAUAUGCAUCUUGUAAUUAUGCACAUUAUCUUGC